AUGUCCUCCGGAGGAUUCGACGUCGAAGCCCUGGUCGAGGCUCCCUUCAAGAACGACGAAGUCAAGAAUGGGACCCCUGAUGUUGUUGUUGCUGAUAAACCUCGCGAUGUAGACCGCGAACGUGAACGAGCGAGUAGUCGCCACUCGCAAUCCUCCUCCUCUCGACGCCGUGAACGCUCUUCGAGUAGACACUCCUCUCACCGCUCCUCCCGCCGUCGCUCCUCCCGCUCUCGCGACCGUGGUGACCGUGGUGACAGACGUGAUAGGGAGCGUUCUCGUGACCGUGGUGGUGAUAGAUACCGUUCUUCGUCUUCCCGUUAUGACGACCGCGACAAAAAUGAUAGGCGUGGCGCCGACACCUAUCGCAGUUCUGACCGUGAUAGGGAUUCGAGACGCGACAACGACCGACGUGACCGCGACCGCUACGAUGGCCGCGACAGCCGGUACGACGGUGAUCGCCGCUCCUACCCACGCUCCGAACCACGACGUGACGACCGCCCUACCUCUGAUUCAAGGCGCCGUUCUCGCUCCCCUGCUGCGGACAGGAAUCGCGAUGACCGCCCAAAACUGACUGAAGAACAACGUGAUAGACGUACCGUUUUCGUCCAGCAAUUGGCAGCGCGCCUCCGGACGAAGGAGUUGAUGGAGUUUUUCGAGAAGGGCGCUGGGCCGGUUCAGGAGGCGCAGAUUGUUAAGGAUAGGAUAAGUGGGCGGUCGAAGGGAGUUGGCUAUGUCGAAUUCAAAGACGAAGCAACGGUCCCAAAAGCAAUCAACCUAACCGGCCAAAAACUCCUCGGAAUCCCAAUCAUCGCACAACUAACCGAAGCCGAAAAAAACCGCCAAGCCAAAACUGAAGGCAACGCAGCCCGUCCCUCCGAAAUUCCGUUUCAUCGUCUCUAUGUCGGUAACAUCCAUUUCUCGCUCACGGAGGAGGAUUUGAGGACGGUGUUUGAGCCGUUUGGGGAGUUGGAGUUUGUGCAGUUGCAGAAGGAGCACGAUACAGGUCGUUCGCGGGGGUACGGGUUCGUGCAGUAUCAAGAACCGUCAUCGGCGCGUGACGCGCUCGAGAAGAUGAAUGGGUUUGAGCUCGCUGGUAGACCUAUUCGUGUGGGGCUCGGGAAUGAUAAGUUUACGCCUGAGAGUACCGCGGCGGCAUUAGCGAGAUUCUCGACGUAUGCGAGUGCCUAUGUACCGAGGGAUACCCGUGGACGCGGGGGUGAGAAGAUUGGUGGUGGGGGAGGGAAUGUCGGGGGGUUGGAUGACAGUGAUGCGGUAGGUGUUUCGUUCAGUAAUAUUUCGAGGGAUGCGUUGAUGAGAAAAUUGGCGCGUGAGGAAGAUUCUGGUCAAGAGAAUGGGGGGAAGGGACAAGUUGAGGCUGCAUCGGGCGUGGUUUCGGCGGCGAGGCCGGCACCGGAGGUCAUGGCGAGCCGCUGCGUCUUACUCAAAAACAUGUUCGACCCAGCCGAAGAAUCAGGCGAGAACUGGCAACAAGAACUCGCCGAAGACGUCAAAUCCGAAUGUGAAUCGAAAUUCGGCAAAGUUGUCCACAUACAUGUCGAGGACUCCGUUCGGCCUGGUGAGAUUUAUGUCAAGUUUGAGACGGUGGGGGCUGGGGAACGAGCGAUUCUAGGGUUGAAUGGGAGGUUUUUUGGGGGGAGGACGGUGGCGGUGAGUCCGGUUAUUGAUGCUGUUUACCAUGCAAGGUUUGGGAGGGCGAAGGCUCUCUAG